CGCAGAUUUGGUCCGGAUUUGUGCGCGCCGCGCGUCCCUAACGAGCCCGACUGCCACGCUGCCAGGGGGUGGGUCUCUUGGUCUCUUUGUGAGGGUUUCUUUACGUUUUGGCUCUCGAGCGCCUGGGGGAUUGUGUGUGUGUAGCUGUUUAGCUCACAGCUUAGGGUCCCUCGUCCCGGGCUCGCUGAGCUUCUCCACCGCAGCCCAGCAGUGAGAGGCGCGCUCUGCCAACUCCGCGCGGGAUGGAGCAGACCGAGCUGCUAAAGCCACGGACCCUGGCCGAUCUGAUCCGCAUCCUGCACCAGCUCUUCGCCGGUGACGAAGUCAAUGUAGAGGAAGUGCAGGCCGUCAUGGAAGCCUACGAGAGCGACCCCUCCGAGUGGGCCGUGUACGCCAAUUUCGAUCAGUACAGGUAUACCCGAAAUCUUGUGGAUCUAGGAAAUGGAAAAUUUAAUCUGAUGAUUCUGUGUUGGGGUGAAGGACAUGGCAGCAGUAUUCAUGAUCACACCGACUCCCACUGCUUUCUGAAGAUGCUGCAGGGAAAUCUAAAGGAGACAUUAUUUGCCUGGCCUGACAAAAAAUCCAAUGAGAUGAUCAAGAAGUCUGAAAGAAUCUUGAGGGAAAACCAGUGUGCCUAUAUCAAUGAUUCCAUUGGCUUACAUCGAGUAGAGAAUAUCAGCCAUACAGAACCUGCCGUGAGUCUUCACUUGUACAGUCCGCCUUUUGAUACAUGUCAUGCCUUUGAUCAAAGAACAGGUCAUAAAAACAAAGUCACCAUGACAUUCCAUAGCAAAUUUGGAAUCAGGACCUCAUUUACAACUUCAGGUUCACUGGAGAACAACUAAAGAGCAACAAACCCUCUAAGGUUUUACUUUAAGGUCUGCUGAAUAUUUGCCUUGGACAGGAAGACCUCCUACCAUUUCCUGUUCAAUAAUACACUUAGAUCUACUAUAAGGCAGAUGCUAAUUACAAGGCAUGAAGUAAGCAAAUAGUGCCCUGAGCUACUGCGGAAGAAAAAUUCCACUUAAGAAAAAGUCAUGUGAUUUUAAAAGCCAAAUCAAGUGCUCUCCUGGUUCUAUCCUUUAAUUCCAUUGAAAACAUACUGGGAGUGUCAAUUAGAGUUUUUACAGCUUUUGGAAACACAUUGGUCUUUGAACUGUAUUAGUAUUAACUAAAACAGGAAACCACAGAUAUCCAAUACCUGCUUUGUUACCUAGAGGACUAAAUGUAGGUUUCUUUAGAAUACUUUAUAUUUUCUUAAUAUUUGAAGAUAAUUUUUCGAAUCUGUGGAUUUUAUUUUUUCGAUCUUAUUUUACAAAUUCCUUUUCAAUGAAUAAUAAAUAAAGAAACUUAAGGCACUUUGCCAUUUAAUAAUGAAAUGAAGAGCAGAGAAUUUAGAAAAAUGAGUGUACCCAAACCUACAACAAACCAGAACAUAAACUCAUGUCUGUGUCCCAUGGUCAUAGAGACUUUGUACUGCUACCAAAAUUGCCAAAUAAUUUUAAUAAAACUGGAUUUGAACAUGA